UGACUGUAUCUUAGAAUAAGCUGUAAAACAUUCCAUUACAGGAAUUUAUUAGAUUGUGUGACUAAGUAAUUGUGUAACGGCGCUAUAGAAAAACUUGGUUGCGUAUAUUCUACAGAUGUUUUACAGUUUUCAGGAUGGCGGCAAUUAUGGCACUAUACCGUACAGUAUUACUGGAACGCCCAAACGUGUUAUUUAUUGUGUACAUGGGAAACCUAGUGCUGGAUGCUGCAGGGUCUUGGAAGGAGAAAUAUCAGAGUCGGGAGAAUUAAACGCUAUAUCUCAUGCCAGGGAAAACUCAGAUACAACAAAUUUAGUCAACAAACAUUGCCACCAAGUCAGAUCAGAAAAGGUGGAUAAAAGGGCGCGGCGAAAAUUAAUAGUGGCCAGUGUGCUCUGUGUGAUAUUUAUGAUAGGUGAAGCUUUAGGUGGUUAUAUAUCAAGCAGUCUAGCAAUAGCAACAGAUGCAGCUCAUUUACUGACAGAUUUUGCAAGUUUUAUGAUAUCACUGUUUUCGCUAUGGGUCGCCACAAGACCGGCUACAAAGAAGAUGUCGUUUGGGUGGUAUAGGGCCGAAGUAAUCGGAGCUUUAACAUCGGUGCUUAUGAUAUGGGUAGUCACUGGAGUUUUGGUUUACCUUGCCGUUGAAAGAUUAAUAGAGAAAAAUUUUGAUAUUGAUGCCAAAGUAAUGUUAAUAACCUCUGGAAUUGGUGUAAUAGUGAAUAUAAUUAUGGGUCUUACUUUGCAUCAACACGGUCACUCACAUGGAGGACAUGCCGGACAUAGUCAUAAUGAAAACAUAAACGUUCGCGCAGCAUUUAUACAUGUGUUGGGAGAUUUCCUUCAAAGUUUUGGAGUAUUCGUAGCAGCUCUAGUCAUCUAUUUUAAGCCGGAUUGGGACAUUAUUGAUCCAAUUUGCACAUUUCUAUUUUCAAUAUUAGUAUUGUUGACAACAUUUACAAUUAUUAAAGAUACUUUGUUAGUUUUAAUGGAAGGAAUGCCAAAAGGGAUCGAUUUUAAUGAAGUAAUGAGCAUAAUUCUGAAUAUUGAAGGCGUGGAAAGAGUUCAUAACUUGAGGAUAUGGGCGUUAAGUUUAGAUAAAAUCGCUUUGUCGUCGCAUAUCGCAAUAAGGCCAGGAGUCAAUCCGCAAAGUAUUUUAAUGGUGGCAACAAAAUGUAUUCACGACAAAUACAAUUUUUUCGAAAUGACUCUGCAAAUAGAGGAAUUCCAGGAGAUAAUGGAAAAUUGCCAUCAAUGUCGAGGACCUGCACAAUAGAGGCAGCUUGUUUUUUGUGUACAUAUAGUAUCAAAAUGCGCAUUUUAAGUGAUAAUGAAGCAAGACGAAGGAGAUGAAGCGACAGAAUACUUUAAGAAAACUGUUAAUUAUAUAUAUUUGAAGUU